AUGAUACAAUAAAAAUAACUAGAGAAUGAAACUGUUUUUUCAUGCCAAUAACACUUAGGAUAGCCUAUAUGCAAAAUAGUAUUAGACCAAAACUUAAAAACAAAAUAACGACUUUUGUGUUCCUUAUGCAUUGAAAGCAUUGAUAAAAAUCUAAAAACAAUUGAAAUUUAGAAAGCGUUGGGGAUUCUUCAAUAAUAACAAAAUAAAAGUACUAAAUAAGAUAAAGACUUUAUUCAACCUUAUCUUACUAAUCUUGAAAACAUACAGAAUAAGAUAUUUUAAUUACAAUAAUACUUAAAUAGCUAAUUAGAAAAAAUAAUAUAAAUUACUGCUGCUUGGAUUAAAGAGGUGAAGACUGUUAAUAAUAAUAAUGAAAUUCAUAGACUAAUUAAAAAUCUUGACAAUUAAAUAAAUAAUGAAAACAAUUAAAUUGAAAGAGAUCCAUAAUUAAUAAUAAGUGAACUUCAUGAAAUUUCUGUGUAAUAAUGUUGCGAACUAAAUGUUUAACUUGAAUAAUUUAGUACAUUUAAAGAUGCUUAAGAGUGUAGAAAGAUAGUUGGAACAAUAAUUAAUUAUUAGAAAAUGAGUUUAUAGAAUUAAGAAUUAGGCAAUUAAUAAGAAAUUGAUAAAGCAUUUAACUAUGAAAUAAUAGCCUAGAGUUCAAUCAAAUAACCAGAAUAUUGUCAUGCUAUAGCUAUCAAUUAAAAAAAUACACUUGUAUUAGUUGGGUGUGAAAAAGAUAUUAAAGUUUUUGAAUUAUAUUAAGUUAAGAUGAAAUAAAUUUAAAUAUUAUAAGGUCAUACUGAUUCUAUAUUUACACUAGAUUUCUUUAAGAAAUAAGAAAAUUCAUUUAUUUCAGGAUCAAGAGAUGACUCUAUAAGAAUUUGGUAGUAUUAAAAUUAAUAGAUUCAUUAAUGGAUUUGUAAAUAAAUAUUAACAGGACAUAAAUCUUCCAUUUUUUGCUUAAUUUACAAUUAGUAAGAAGAUCUAUUAAUAUCUGGAAGUGAUGAUAAAACAAUUAAGUUUUGGAGUUUAAAUCAAAACAUUUACGAAUCAGAAAAUAGCCAACAGAAAUUAUGGUAUUGUUCAUAAACGCUUACAAAGCAUAAAAACUAUGUUUAUUCAUUAUCAAUUAAUUAAGAUUAAACAAAAAUAAUCUCUUGUGGACUAGAUAAAUUUAUUCUAGUUAUAGAACAUUUAAAAACUACUAAUGGUUAAUUAUGGAUGGUUGUGUAAAAAAUUAAAAUUGAAAAUGAUGGAUAUCGAUUAUGUUUUUUAGAUAAUCAUGUUUUUGCAUUUUAACCUAGAUCAUUUUCUAAAAUGGAAAUUUAUGAAGUUUUAAGUACCUCUUUAGGUCAAUUUGUUAAGAAUAAAGAAGUAAACGUUAAUGGAUUUUAUCAAUCUUGUGAUCAUCUUUUUCCACCAAAGUUUUCUGCCCUUAAAGCUCUUCUUAUAAUGAAAAAUGGUAAGAAUAUCAAUAUUAUUAAAUUUAAAAAUUAUAUAGAUAGAAAAAUUGUCAGUGAAACUUAAUUUGUCUAAGAAUAAGUUAUAGAAUUUGAAGACAAUUGUAUAUAUGGCACACUUAGUGAAAAUGGGUAAUAUCUAAUUUCUUGGGACUAUUUUACAAAAGAAAUAUAAAUUAGGAUUUAUCAAUAAUAGACAUGA